AGGGGGUUGAGUGGCGAGAAAGUGCGGGAAAGAUGAAGAAAUUCACCUUCAAGGGCGUGCUGGACGGGUUUCGGUCGUCGGUCAAUCAGCAGACGCCGGCAGGUGGUGGGGCGGCCAAAAUUUGCGUAGAGCAGGAGAUACAGGAAACGCUCCGGUCGGAACACUUUCAGCUGAAAAAGACCUUUCGCCAUGGCUUCCCAUACUCACCCACGGCGUUGGCCUUCGAUCCCGUCCAGCGAAUUCUGGCCGUGGGAGACAAGUUUGGUUCAAUGCGGUUGUUGGGUAAGUUCGGCGUCGAUGCCCACGUGAAGCACGAGGGCGAGUCGGCCUGUGCCGUCAAUUUGAUCGAGUUCCUGGUUAACGAGGGCUGCCUGGUGACGGCCACCGCCGACGAUACGCUGCAUCUAUGGAAUUUCCACACCAAAAUCCCGAAGGUGGUGCAGAGCCUGAAGUUCCAGCGGGAAAGAAUAUCUCGUCUGCACCUGCCCAUCGGUACCAAGUGGCUGUACAUUGGAACGGAGAAGGGCAAUACGCACAUUGUCCACGUCGAUUCGUUCACCCUCAGCGGCUACGUUAUCAAUUGGAACAAAGCUAUCGAUCCCAUUCGCAAGACGCACCCUGGCGCAGUGGUUCACCUGUCCGAUAAUCCACUGGAUGCAAACAAGCUGCUAAUAGGAUUCGAGUCCGGUCAAUUAGUGCUGUGGGAUAUGAGAGGAAAAUGUGCGGAAUUUCGCUGGCUGUCGCAAGAGCCGCUCAGCUCCUGCUCCUGGCAUCACGAAGGGAAACACUUCAUAACAUCACACACCGACGGUUCUUUAUGUACGUGGCCUUUGAAACUUUCACCAAAACCCUUAACUCAUAGUUUUCCUCACGCUAAAACGAACAAGGAAGGAAAAACGGAGAGCUGUAACUCUAUUCAAAAAGUUGAAGUGAAAACGAAUAGAAUAGGAGAUCAAUUUACCAUUUUCUCGGGCGGUCUGCCGACGGAGAAGUGCAGUCCCAAGUCGCACUGCAUCACCGUCAUGGUGCAGGGCAAAUCGACGACCGUCUUAGAGAUGGAGCACAGCGUAGUUGACUUUGUGACCAUGUGCGAGAGUCCGUGGGGCAGCGACCUGCAAGAACCGUAUGCCGUGGCAGUGCUGCUACAGAAUGACCUCGUACUGAUCGAUCUGCUAACACCCGGUUAUCCCACGUUCGAGUCGCCUUAUUCGAUGGACCUGCACGAGUCGCAGAUCACCUGCUGUACCUACCUGGCCGACUGUCCGUCCGAUCUGGUGCCCGCGUUCUACUCGGUCGGACGAAGCGCGGCCACCAACCGGCGCUCCGGCUACUCCGAGCGCGAGUGGCCGAUCAAUGGCGGCGAAUGGCAACCGACGUCCUGCAGCUACUCGGAGAUCAUCCUCACCGGCCACCAGGACGGCUCGAUCAAGUUCUGGGACUCCAGUGCCGGCACGCUACAGGUGCUGUACAAGCUGAAGACGUCGAAGAUAUUUGAGAAACCCCGAGUGAGAUCGCUGGACAGCGGCGAGGAGGACCCGUUAGCCAUCUCAAUGCUGUCCCUGUGUGCUGAGUCGAGAAAGCUUUGUGUUGCCUGCAACUGUGGUUAUGUCGUUCUGUUCAAGUUCCGGAGAGCCGAAAGCACCGGGGACAUUGUGGUUUUGGACAUUCCGUUCACCAUGGAAACUUUUACCGAAUUUGAAGGCAGUCCCGAAUGUGAGUUCAUACCUAAAUCACUGCCAAAAACCGUUGACUCAACCGAGAGCGAUAAGAAGAACUGCAGUUUAUUGAAGGUGAAAACUGGACCACAGCGAAAACCGCCCGGGUUUCAAGCUCAGUUGGUAUGCGUUCCGUCGUGGGCGUGCGGCAGUGUGCAGAUAACUGCGCUCACCAUCAAUUCCAACUAUGGACUCAUGGCGUACGGCAACGAGUACGGGCUAACGAUAGUGGAUAUUGUGAAGAAAACGUGCGUACUAAACCUGUGCACCCAGGAAAUCUAUGGCGCACAGGACCCGUACUCGAGGACGCCCCGAAGUCCGAAGCGUUUGGAAAAUAGUCAAUCGAAGGACGAUUCAUUGCGUUCCCCUAGUAUAGAUCAGCACGUUGAGCCGGCACGACCGGAACCGACACUGGUCGGACCGGUAAUCGAAACGGUGCCGGGUCUCUCGGUACCUUGUCCGACCGUCGCUACUUCCUCCUUCCCUACCUGCGCGACAAGUGGUACCGUCACCAUGACCAGCGACACCGACACCACUGGUACCGUACAAGAGGAACCGGACACUGGGCUGGAGUGUUAUGCGGAGGAGCCACCGCCGGCGGUGGCUGGGUUGGCGGGCCCAGUACUGGGACAGACGCAGGCACCACCACCACUACCGGCACCGGUAGACGAGGCAACGGCGGCAGCACGGCGUGCCAAGAAAUCUUUCAUAGAAUCCCUACCACUACCAAAGUGGCUGCGGAGUUUGAAUAAAUUGGAUAACUCAUUCUCGAGAUCUCGUUCAUCUUCUAUGUCAAGCUUAGAAAAUAAUGCAAUGGAGGCUGUGACUUGUUUGGCUUUUGCCGAUAGUUAUGUAAAAAAAAGCGAUCCCUCAAUGGCGUUGCCUACUGCAUGGUUAGGAACCAGUUUAGGAUCGAUCCUAACCAUCUCUCUAUCCAUUCCGGAGAACGAUCUGAGGAAAGCGAACGUGGUCCAGACGGCACCAACCGGAGCCAUGUUCCGGCUAAAGGGGUCCAUCCUUUCGAUGUCGCUGCUCGACUGCAACGGGGCACUCAUACCGUACUCGUUCGAAAGCUGGCGCGAAGAUUCAAAGGAGGGCAAAGAAAAGCGGGAAAGGACACCAACCAAGACAUCAUCCACCAAGAUGAGCCCUACCAAUCCGGACGGUUUGUGCGAUCGGCAGUUUAUUGCGAUCGCGAGUGAGAAGCAGGCGGGCGUGUUUGCACUACCGAGCCAGAACUGCGUCUACCGGAAGAAGCUGGUCGAUUUCGAUUUUAUCGUUAAGGCAGAAAUCAUUAGCAUGAAAGAUAGUGUCUGUCUGAUAUGCUACGCUUCGAACGGGCAUCUGAUGGUGUUUACUCUGCCGAGUCUCAAACCUCUGCUCGAAGUUGAUUUUCUUCCAUUGGCCGAUCUAAGUUUCCAAACCAAGUGUAAACAGGGCGUGGUGGAUCCAAUGCUGUCCAUUUGGGGGCAACAACUUAUAGUCAAUGAAGAUUCGAAUGUGAUUUCACGGACGUUUAGCUUUAGUAACAAGGGCCACGGAUUGUAUCUAGCCACACCCACCGAAAUCCAAAAAUUUACCGUUUGCCAAGAAUUCAGCCACCAAUACAACAAUAUGCUUGGCGAUCUCUACGUACCUCAUGAAAUGCCGGAAGCACCUAAGGAAAGCUUCUUCAAAGGACUGUUCGGCGGAGGGAUGCGCAACCUCGACCGGGAGGAGCUGUUUGGUGAAUCGAGCGGUAAAGCGAACCGGUCGGUGGCGAAACACAUUCCCGGCCCGAACGCCAACAUCCAGGAGCUGAACGCCCGGACGACGUCGGUGACGUCGGAGAUCGGUAAGGCGCACCAGCUGAUGCUCGAGCGUGGUGACAAGCUGAGCCAGCUCGAGGAGCGCACCGAGCGGAUGGCGAACGAGGCGCAACAGUUCUCCAGCUCGGCCCAUCUGCUGAUGAACAAGUAUAAGGAUAAAAAGUGGUACCAGCUGUAAACCCCAGU